CAUUAGUCUUGAAGAGUUGAUCGAAAAGAAGAGCCGUCCUGGUAUCAUUUUAUCAUUUAUUGUACUCAUCAUUGUUGAAUUUUCUCCAAACGAUCAAAAAUGAUAGUUUUAUUUCUGCUUUUUCUUAUUUCGCUCGGAAUUUAUCCAUUUACAUCAAGUUCUUCGUUAGACUGCUCAAAUUGUGUUGGAUCAGGUCAAGUAUGGUGUGUUGAACAGUCUCAGUGCAAUUCAAGCUUCGUAUCUUGCAGUACAAAAAUCUCGCUCCAACUAAAUUGCCCCACAAAACCGAAAGUUCCAUAUGAUGAACAUUUUGCACGUACUCAAAUGUUGGCUCUAGCCUCGGCUUCCCAUAAUGCCAAUCCUCAGCUGUGUCUUGACAACCAAAUUCCUACAAUGAAGCUUUACAAAGUUCGAACUGUGAAUUGUUCAACAGACUACCCUGAUGUGGCAUGUUAUGGAUAUACUGCUUAUGAUGUCACUCAAAAAGCUAUUGUCAUAUCUUAUAGAGGAUCUCAUGGACCGAACCAGAACAAUCAAAUACUGGAAGGAAUGACUCGAGAUGGUCUUCAUUCAUACUUUGGCAAAGGUACAGGUAAAAUCUUCAAAGUGAUCUACGAUUCUUUCAUGCUCCUUUGGAACGACAGGAUUAAUCAAGAUUUACGAUAUUUGAAGUACAAGUACCCUGACUUUGAGUUAUGGUUAAAUGGGCAUUCACUUGGAGGAGCCCUUUCAUAUACUACAGCUUCAUAUUUAACAACAGUUGGACUAUACAAACCAGAAAAUAUGAAAAUCAUUGUUCUUGCUCCUACGAAAAUAGGAGACUACGAUUUUGCAGCGUGGUAUUCGUCCACAUUUUCAUAUUCAUUCCAUAUAAUUCACCGAUUGGAUCUUAUUCCUAGAGUUCCAGCAAUUGACCCUCAUACCAAUACAACUGUCAUGUUUCAACCAAGAACUGAAAUUUGGUACAAUAACUACAUGAGAUUGAAUGACACAUAUCAAAUUUGUGAAGAAGCCGAUGGAGACUACUGUAGUGAUGCAGUUACAGAAGGAUUGAAUAUGAAUGAUCAUGGAUUCUAUUUCGAUAUUAAUAUUUCAAAUUGGGGAAAGGAUGGGUGUCCAAAAAAUACGACUGGAUAUGCUCAACCUUGAUAACCUUUCAAUUUUUAAUUUUGAGAAAGAAUGAAUAUUUUGAAUCUAAAA